AUGUGUCCAAAUCCUGUAUGCAGCCGAGCCGGUUCAACAGGCGGCGAGUGGUGGUGUGAAAAAUGCUUUGCGCGUGUGAGGCGUGCUGCAAGACGGCCAGAUAGAGUCCUCGAUGCAGAUAAGGAAUGCCUGUCUUGUGGGGGCAAGACGCGUGAUUGGCAUAAGCGUGAAGAUGGUUGGCUAUGUCAUAAUUGCUGGAAAAAAGAAGGCCCCAAUGAUGAAGAGAUUAGAAAGAGUAGAAGAAGAGCAACUCCACGGACUGAUUGUUGGCAUUGCGGGAACGACAAGAGCGUGGCAUGGAGCUUCAAAUUCUGGCAAUGGCUCUGCCAGAAGUGCAAAAAUAGGGGCAAAGAUGGACCUGAAUGGCUACCUUUGCUUCAAAGACAGGUUGCCGGACUGGAAUUCCCCUGUGACAACUGUCAAAGGAUCAAGUCGAGAGGUUGGACCAUUUCUGAAGUGAAAACUGGUCUUUAUCGGCUUUUGUGCCAUAAGUGCAAAUGGCAGAAAAUUUGUGUCGAGGACGAAGUGACAUAUCAAGCGUAUGCUUGGCGAAGUGGUUAUCCACCAACCGGCAGGGAACCACCCAUGACGGAACAAUUAGUUGCCUAUAUGAGGCAAAAAGGGAUCGACAACAGUGCUGAGGCCAUAAAAAAGCUGGAAGAGCCUGCGUAA